UGUCUGGACGCGGGCAAGACCGGUGGCAAAUCUCGCGCCAAGGCAAAGUCCCGCUCUUCCCGCGCCGGCCUGCAGUUCCCCGUGGGUCGCGUUCACAGGCUGCUCCGCAAGGGCAAUUACGCCCAGCGGGUCGGCGCUGGAGCACCCGUCUACCUGGCCGCCGUGCUCGAGUACCUUUCUGCCGAGAUCCUCGAGCUGGCUGGCAAUGCCGCCCGCGACAACAAGAAGACGAGGAUCAUCCCCCGACACCUGCAGCUCGCCGUGCGAAACGACGAGGAGCUCAACAAGCUCAUGGGCGGCGUGACUAUCGCCCAGGGCGGUGUGCUGUGUGGUGCCACAACGACGGGGCCGCUCUGCCGAACCAGGGAGCCGCCCGGCUUCCCCCACCGCACUGCCCCCCAUCACCCGCCCCACAUAAGCACACACCCGCACGCAUUCCCCCCCCCCCAUAGAGCUGGAAGGGAAGGUCACCUGAUCGACCGGUUUUUAUCCGAGAGACCCUUAUCGGGAUUAAUUCUCACGGUUUCCGGCGAUCAGGGAAUUGGAUGACCUCCCCGUGCUACGUGGCACCGCGGCGCUGCGGCCGGCCUUAAUAUGGUAGGUCGUGGCGUGGGGCAUUCGGCCACCGCGGUUGAGGCGCAUUUCCCCCCACACACACUCCCACGGGUC